UAUGCGGUGGUGGUAUCGUAGCCACCGGAAAGAUGUAAACGGAGAACGAGAUUAAAAUCAUUCACAACAAGGAGAUAGAAAUAAUUCUAUCAACAACGGUGUCCCUCUCGAAUUACCACAGAGCUUGAAAACCAAGCCGGUCGCAUUCAGAUACGACCAGGAGUGGACUGGUGGCGCGGACUUGUUUCAGGCAGUAGACGUUAGGAGAAUGGACGGGGCGAUAUGGCGGAGGGCCUGCUGUGAUGCUGGCCGCAGCCGGAGCCUGACCAGCGGGCUGGUGGAGGUUGGUGGCCGGGGCUCGAUGCUCCAAACACUGCUCCUUUUCUACGUGUUCGGGCUGCUCUUUGGACUUCCCGCUGUCACCGAGGCGAAAGAAUGCGACAAACCGUGCAUGAAUGGGCAAUGCAACACGGUAACGGGCAACUGUGUGUGCAGCCCCGGCUGGAUCGGGGACCAAUGCCAACACUGCGGAGGAAGGUUCAGGUUGACGGGCCCCUCAGGGUUCCUGACAGAUGGACCAGGAAACUAUAAGUACAAGACCAAGUGCACCUGGCUCAUCGAGGGAACGCCCAACAGCAUCCUCAGACUGAGGUUGGACCACUUUGCUACAGAGUGCAGCUGGGACCACCUGUAUGUGUACGAUGGUGACUCUAUCUACACUCCUCUACUGGCUGCCUUCAGUGGGUUGAUAGUUCCUGAGCGCUAUGGCAACGAGACGGUUCCGGAGGUGGUGUCACAGUCCGGUUACGCCCUCCUCCACUUCUUCAGCGACGCUGCCUAUAACCUGACCGGCUUCAACAUCUCAUAUAGUGUGAACACGUGUCCUAACAACUGUUCUGGCCGAGGGGAGUGUCGCGUUGGGAACUCAACAGGUGCUGUUUAUUGUGACUGUGAAUCCAAUUGGAAGGGCGAGGCCUGUGAUGUCCCUUACUGCCUGUCAGACUGUGGUUGGCCUGACAGGGGACACUGCCUUCAGGACACAAAGACAUGUCGAUGCCAGCCUGGGUGGCAAGGUCCAGACUGCUCUGUGUCCAUCCCGGCCAACUCUUCAUUCUGGCAGCGGGAGGAAUACCCUGGGCCGGGGCUGGCCAGGGCUUCCCACAAGGCCGUAGUGGAUCAGGGGGUCAUGUGGGUCAUCGGGGGUUAUGUCUUCAACUCCUCAGACUACCAGAUGGUCAAAGCGUAUAACCUCAGCUCCCAUCGCUGGCUGUCUCUCAACCGCUCUGUCAACUCCGUCAUGGGACGAUACGGACACUCUCUGGCACUACAUGAGGGAAAGAUCUACAUGUACGGAGGGAAGAUAGACUCUACUGGCAACGUGACCAGCCAGCUGUGGGUGUUCCACAUCCAGAACCAGACCUGGGUGUCCCUCUCUGCCCGAGCCCAGGAACAGUGGGCCGUGGUGGGACACUCUGCCCACGUAGUGCCCCCCCUGUUGGAGGGGGGUAGUCCAGUCAUGUUGGUGCUGUUCGGACACUGUCCUCUAUACGGGUACAUCAGCCAGGUGCAGGAGUACAACUUUGCUAGGAACACGUGGCGUGCCGUGGUUACAGAUGGAGCCCUGGUGCAGGGAGGGUACGGCCACAGCAGUGUGUUUGACCCCUCCUCCCGAGCCAUCUACAUCCACGGAGGGUACAAGGCCUUCAGCGCUAACAAGUACGGCCUGUCUGGAGACCUGUACAUGUACGACGUGGACCGCAGCCGAUGGACGGUACUAAAGGACAGCGGGUUCUUCCGGUACCUCCACACGGCGGUCAUCGUUAGCGGAACCAUGCUGGUGUUUGGAGGGAACACUCACAACGACACGUCCAUGAGCCACGGCGCCAAGUGCUUCUCCUCGGACUUCAUGGCCUAUAACCUGGCAUGUGAUGAGUGGUCAGUGCUGUCCAGACCAGACCUCCACCAUGAUGUCAACCGCUUUGGACACACAGCCAUCUACAGUGACAGUGUAAUGUACGUGUUCGGGGGGUUUAACAGUCUCCUGCUGAGUGACAUUCUGAUGUAUACGCCAGCCAGCUGCUCCAGCGCUCCCAACGCUGCCGUCUGUGCAGCAACUUGGCUGGGAGUUCACUGCCUCUGGAAUGAUACCCUAGGGACCUGCCUGCCUUGGGACUCGAAACCUGGAUUCCUGGAUGAGCAGACCGCCUUGGCCUCCUGUGGAACCAGAACAUAUGCUGACAACGAUCGUUGUGACCACUACACGGACUGCUACAGCUGUACAGCCAAUACUAACGGCUGCCAGUGGUGUGCUGUUCAGUGUGUCUCCGUGAGCUCCAACUGCACGGCCGUCACGGGGGCCAUAGUGGAGUAUGGUGUCUGCCCCAAAGACAACCCGUCAUAUGUCUGCAACAAGAAGACCAGCUGUAAGAGCUGUGGUGUGGACCAGAACUGCCAGUGGGAACCCAGAAACCAGGAGUGUAUCUCUCUACCUGAGAAUAUAUGUGGUGAGAACUGGCACCUGGUUGGUAACUCAUGUCUGAAGUUCAUCACAGCCAAGGACUCGUAUGAUAAUGCAAAGCUGACCUGUCGGGGUCACAACGCCGUCCUGGCCUCACUGACCAAUCAGAAGAUGGUGGACUUCGUCCUUAAGGAGCUGCAGAUCAUGAGCGUUCUGGUGAGCAAGUACAAGGCCUCGGUGACGCCGUGGGUGGGGCUGAGGAAGAUCAACGUCUCCUAUUGGUGCUGGGAAGACAUGUCACCCUUCACGAACACCUCCCUCCAGUGGUUGCCGGGGGAACCCAGCGACGCCGGUUUCUGUGGUUACCUAGCAGAGCCGGCUUCCAGCGGUCUUAAGGCCCAGACCUGCAUCAGCCCUGUUAACGGGAGUCUGUGUGAACGAGCAGCCAAUCACAGUGCCAAGCAGUGUCGGACGGCGUGCGCCAUGCGGGCUACGUGUGCUGAGUGUACCAGCAGCAGCUCUGAGUGUAUGUGGUGCAGCAACAUGAGGCAGUGUGUGGACUCUAAUGCAUACGUAGCCUCCUUCCCCUUCGGACAGUGUAUGGAGUGGUACACUAUGAACAGCUGUCCACCUGAGAACUGUUCUGGGUACAGGACGUGUGGCCAGUGUUUGGAGCAGCCGGGCUGUGGCUGGUGUACAGACCCCAGUAAUACUGGGCGUGGCCAGUGCAUCGAGGGGUCCUAUCGGGGGCCGUUCCAGACCACUGUCCCCGCCCCCUCCACCCUGCCUGGUCCGGCCUCUAGUCCCGCCUCCCAGCCGGCUCUCAACAUCAGCAUGUGUCCUUACGACACCAAGUACAACUGGAGCUUUAUACUCUGUCCAGCGUGCCAGUGUAACGGCCACAGUCAGUGUGUGAAUCACAGUGUAUGUGAGAAGUGUGAGGACCUUACAACAGGACGCCACUGUGAGAGCUGCAUCUCUGGUUACUAUGGAGACCCCACCAACGGGGGCAGCUGCCAACCGUGUAAGUGUAACGGCCAUGCCGGUGUGUGUAACCCAAACAACGGGAAGUGUUUCUGCACCACCAAGGGCAUCAAAGGAGACCGCUGUCACCUGUGUGAGGUGGAGAACCGUUACCAAGGAAACCCUCUGAAAGGAACGUGUUACUACACCCUGCUGAUAGACUACCAGUUCACCUUCAGUCUGUCUCAGGAGGACGACCGCUACUACACCGCCAUCAACUUUGUAGCAACACCCGAGGAGCAGAAUCGUGAUCUGGUUGUGUUCAUCAACGCCUCCAAGAACUUCAACCUCAACAUCACCUGGGCCGCCAGCUUCACAGUAGGUACCCAAACAGGCGAGGAGAUCCCCAUUGUCUCCAGGAGUAACAUCAAGGAGUUUAAAGACAGUUUCUCCAACGAGAACUUUGACUUCCGCAACAACCCAAACAUCACUUUCUUCGUCUAUGUCAGCAACUUCACCUGGCCCAUCAAGAUACAAAUUGCCUUCUCUCAGCACAGUAACUUCAUGGAUCUGGUGCAGUUCUUCGUCACGUUUUUCAGCUGUUUCCUGUCCCUCCUCCUGGUUGCAGCAGUCGUCUGGAAGAUCAAACAGAGCUGCUGGGCGUCACGGCGACGCGAGCAACUCCUCCGUGAGAUGCAGCAGAUGGCUAGCCGGCCGUUCGCCACCAUCAACGUUGCCUUGGAAACGGACGAGGAGCCGCCCGACCUGAUUGGUGGAAACGUCAAGACGGUGCCCAAGCCCAUCGCCCUGGAGCCGUGUUUUGGGAACAAGGCUGCUGUCCUCUCCAUCUUUGUCCGUUUACCCAGAGGCACCGGGGGCAUCCCCCCGCCCGGUCAGUCUGGUCUAACGGUGGCCUCGGCCCUGGUGGAUGUGUCUCAGCAGAUGUGUCUUGGUUACAAGGAGAAGUCAUGUGGUCUGAAGAACAGGAAGCAACACCCCUCUGCACAGCCCUCCACCUGUAUCUGACCACACCCCCUCCCUGCCCCUGGACCCCACCCUGCUCCACCCUAACCCCUUCCCCCACCCCAGAGACUAUAACCCCGAACUGAAGGAAGAGAAGGAGGGAGAAAAGGGGGAGAGGAAUGGAGGGAGUUAGUGGGGAGAGGACAGUCACCCUCCUAAAGGCUUCCCAGUUGACACCUGGUGCACCACAGCACCUCGUCAGAAGAGAGGGACCACGGCUUCAUUGCUGCUCGAGGAGAGGUGUUGUUGUCUGGUGUCCACCCGGGUGUAACUGGUGAUGUUAACAGGCUCCUGUUAGAAUCUGUCCUAGGGUCAGUUGUCCUUCUGUUUUCUUCUUCUGGUGAGACCACACAGCUGCUCUGGUUCUCCUCUCCUUUCUAUGCCCCCCCCUCUCCACUUCUGCCCUCUCCAUUCCUCCCCUCUCCUCCCCCUGUCUCCCCUUCUCUACCCCCUGUCUCCCCUUCUCUACCCCCUGCCUCCCUUCUCUACCCCUCUCUACCCCCUGCCUCCCCUCUCUACCCCUCUCUACCCCCUGCCUCCCCUCUCUACCCCUCUCUACCUCCUUCUCUACCCCUCUCUACCUCCUUCUCUACCCCUCUCUGCCCCCUGCCUCCCCUCUCUACCCCUUUCUACCCCCUGCCUCCCCUCUCUACCCCUCUCUGCUCCCUGCCUCCCCUCUCCACCCCUCUCUACCUCCUUCUCUACCCCUCUCUACCCCCUGCCUCCCCUCUCUACCCCCUGCCUCCCCUCUCUACCCCCUUCUCUACCCCUCUCUAACCCCUGCCUCCCCUCUCUACCGCUCUCCACCCCUCUCUACCCCCUGCCUCCCCUCUACCUCCUUCUCUACCCCUCUCUACCCCCUGCCUCCCCUCUCUACCCCCUGCCUCCCCUCUCUACACCCUUCUCUACCCCUCUCUAACCCCUGCCUCCCCUCUCUACUGCUCUCCACCCCUCUCUACCCCCUGCCUCCCCUCUCUACCCCUUUCUACCCCACUCUACCCCUGCCUCCCCUCUCUACCCCCUCUACCUCCUUCUCUACCCCUCUCUACCCCCUGCCUCCCCUCUCUACCCCUCUCCACACUCGGCUCACUGCUCUCUGCCUCUCCUCUGUUACCCAUUCAGGUUGAAAACACUGUUUCCUAACAGAUAUCUCCUGUCUGAGGCUUCAACAAAGCUUUAAACAAGACAUCACCUUCCUGUAUAACUUCCUGUUGCCUCCUAGCCUCUAACCCUCUAACAGUCUGAGUUGUGGGAUGUUAUUUCCCUGUUGUCCUAACCUGGGUAUCUUCAGCCUAACAACAUCCCCCAACCCACCGGGCUGUUCUCCUGAAGGAGUAUCUAUAGGAACAAUAGGGGGGGAGGGAUUUGACCCGUGGAUGUGAAGGCAGUGUAAACAGCAGCAGAUCUCCCUCUAUACCUCGCUGGGACAGACAGACUGGGGGACAUUUACAUGUCUAUGACCUCUAUUAUGGGACAGACAGACUGGGGGACAUUUACAUGUCUAUGACCUCUAUUAUGGGACAGACAGACUGGGGGACAUUUACAUGUCUAUGACCUCUAUUAUGGGACAGACAGACUGGGGGACAUUUACAUGUCUAUGACCUCUAUUAUGGGACAGACAGACUGGGGGACAUUUACAUGUCUAUGACCUCUAUUAUGGGACAGACAGACUGGGGGACAUUUACAUGUCUAUGACCUCUAUUAUGGGACAGACAGACUGGGGGACAUUUACAUGUCUAUGACCUCUAUUAUGGGACAGACAGACUGGGGGACAUUUACAUGUCUAUGACCUCUAUUAUGGGACAGACAGACUGGGGGACAUUUACAUGUCUAUGACCUCUAUUAUGGGACAGACAGACUGGGGGACAUUUACAUGUCUAUGACCUCUAUUAUGGGACAGACAGACUGGGGGACAUUUACAUGUCUAUGACCUCUAUUAUGGGACAGACAGACUGGGGGACAUUUACAUGUCAUUACAUUUAGUAAUAAUCACACAAAAGGGGAAAAGAUUGUUCUCUGUAAAUGAAUGUAUGGCAAGAGAGACUGUUGUCAAAGGCAUCCUGUAUUAUGGGAUGAGUGUCUCUGUGACCUCUAUUAUGGGAUGAGUGUCUCCGUGACCUCUAUGAUGGGAUGAGUGUCUCCGUGAGCUCUAUGAUGGGAUGAGUGUCUCCGUGAGCUCUAUUAUGGGAUGAGUGUCUCCGUGACCUCUAUGAUGGGAUGAGUGUCUCCGUGAGCUCUAUGAUGGGAUGAGUGUCUCCGUGACCUCUAUUAUGGGAUGAGUGUCUCCGUGACCUCUAUUAUGGGAUGAGUGUCUCCGUGACUUCUAUUAUAGGAUGAGGGUCUCCGUGACCUGCAGACCAAAGCUUCAUACAGUAAAUGACACCGCAGAUAGAGAAGCAGGCAGGGGGUCCAGAUAGUUUUGGGACACAGCAUUGCACCAUAUUCCUGCUUCAUGCAAGCAUCCAGAAUCCUGCCCUCUACCUGGGAUGGCAGCAGAGCUCUCCCCCUCUCCUCUCCUCCUCUCCCCCUCUCCUCUCCUCCUCUCCUCCUCCUCAGCCUCCAGUAUCCUGCCCUCUACCUGGGAUGGCAGCUCCUCCUCUCCUCUCCUCUCCUCUCGUGCCAUCACACAGACCCCAAGGAGCUGGUCUCAGCAGCAAGCCUCUGCAACAUACAUUGUAUUCAGAAAGUAUUCAUACCCCCUUGACUUUAGAAAUACAUUUGAUUGAUUGAUUGAUUUAUUCCACAUUUUGUUGUGUUACAGCCUGAAUUCAAAAUGGAUUCAAUUGAUUUGUUUUCUCACCCAUCUACACACGAUACCCCAUAAUGACAUCACAAUACCCCAUAAUGAUGAAGUGAAAACAUGUUUUUAGAAAUCUUAGCAAAUGUAUUGAAAAUGAAAUACAGAAAUCUAAUUGACAUAAAUAUUCAGACCCUUUGCUAGGGGACUCAAAAUUGAUCUCAGGUGCUUCCUGUUUCCAUUGAUCAUCCUUGAUGGUAUAUAAGGUCUAUAUAAGGUUCCACAGUCGACAGUGCAUGUCAGAGCAAAAACCAAGCCAGACGGAAGCCACUCUUAAGAAAAAGGCACAUGACACCUUGUAGUCUGCAAAAAGGCACAUGACACCUUGUAGUCUGCAAAAAGGCACAUGACACCUUGUAGUCUGCAAAAAGGCACAUGACACCUUGUAGUCUGCAAAAAGGCACAUGACACCUUGUAGUCUGCAAAAAGGCACAUGACACCUUGUAGUCUGCAAAAAGGCACAUGACACCUUGUAGUCUGCAAAAAGGCACAUGACACCUUGUAGUCUGCAAAAAGGCACAUGACACCUUGUAGUCUGCAAAAAGGCACAUGACACCUGGUAGUCUGCAAAAAGGCCCAUGACACCUUGUAGUCUGCAAAAAGGCACAUGACACCUGGUAGUCUGCAAAAAGGCACAUGACACCUUGUAGUCUGCAAAAAGGCACAUGACACCUUGUAGUCUGCAAAAAGGCCCAUGACACCUUGUAGUCUGCAAAAAGGCACAUGACACCUGGUAGUCUGCAAAAAGGCCCAUGACACCUUGUAGUCUGCAAAAAGGCACAUGACACCUUGUAGUCUGCAAAAAGGCCCAUGACACCUUGUAGUCUGCAAAAAGGCACAUGACACCUUGUAGUCUGCAAAAAGGCACAUGACACCUUGUAGUCUGCAAAAAGGCACAUGACACCUGGAGUCUGCAAAAAGGCACAUGACACCUGGAGUCUGCAAAAAGGCACAUGACACCUUGUAGUCUGCAAAAAGGCACAUGACACCUUGUAGUCUGCAAAAAGGCACAUGACACCUUGUAGUCUGCAAAAAGGCACAUGACACCUUGUAGUCUGCAAAAAGGCACAUGACACCUUGUAGUCUGCACAUGACACCUUGUAGUCUGCAAAAAGGCACAUGACACCUUGUAGUCUGCGAAAAGGCACAUGACACCUUGUAGUCUGCGAAAAGGCACAUGACACCUUGUAGUCUGCAAAAAGGCACAUGACACCUUGUAGUCUGCGAAAAGGCCCAUGACACCUUGUAGUCUGCGAAAAGGCACAUGACACCUUGGAGUCUGCAAAAAGGCGCAUGACACCUUGUAGUCUGCAAAAAGGCACAUGACACCUUGUAGUCUGCAAAAAGGCACAUGACACCUUGUAGUCUGCAAAAAGGCACAUGCGGCUACUUUGAAGAAUCUGAAAUGUAAAAUAUAUUUUGAUUUGUUUAACACUUUUUUUUGGUUACUACAUGAUUCCAUGUGUUAUUUCAUAGUUUUGAUGUCUUCACUAUUAUUCUACAAUGUAGAAAAUAGUAAAAAUGAAGGAAAAUACUUGAAUGAGUAGGUGUUCCAAAACGUUUGACCGGUACUGUAUAUAUAUAUAUAGUAUUCACUUGGGAACAUCACUUCUUUCCAAAAGAAUUCAGACCCCUUGACUUUCUCCACAUUUUGUUACGUUACAGCCUUAUUCUAAAAUUGAUACAAUCAUUCUUUUUCUCAACCAUCUACAAACAUUACCCCAUAAUGACAUCACAAUACCCCAUAAUGACAUCACAAUACCCCAUAAUGACAUCACAAUACCCCAUAAUGACAUCACAAUACCCCAUAAUGACAUCACAAUACCCCAUAAUGACAAAUUCAAAGUCAAGGGGUCUGAAAACUUUCCGAAUGCACUGUACAUAAGUAUUCAGACCCUUUCACUCAGUACUUUGUUGAAGCACCUUUGGCAGCGAUUACAGCCUCUAGUCUUCUUGUGUAUGAUGCUACAAGAUUGGUACACCUGUAUUUGGGGAGUUUCUCCCAUUCUUCUCUGCAGAUCCUCUCAAGCUCUGUCAGUUUGGAUGGGGAGCGUUGCUGUACAGCUAUUUUCAGGUCUCUCCAGUGAUGUUCGAUCAGGUUCAAGUCCGAGCUCUGGCUGGGCGACUCAAAGACUUGUCUUCUCAAAGACUUGUCCUGAUGCCACUCCUGCGUUGUCUUGGCUGUGUGCUUAGGGUCGUUGUCCUGUUGGAAGGUGAACCUUUGACCCAGUCCGAGGUCCUGAGCAGGUUUUCAUCAAGUAACUCUGUACUUUGCUCAGGUCAUCUUUGCCUCGACCCUGACUAGUCUCCCAGUCCCUGCCUCUGAAAAACAUCCCCACCGCAUGAUGCUGCCUCCACCAUGCUUCACAGUAGGGAUGGUGCCAGGUUUACUCCAAACGUGACGCUUGGCAUUUAGGCCAAAGAGUUCAAUCUUGGUUUCAUCAGACCAGAGAAUCUUGUUUCUCAAUGUCUGAGAGUCAUUAGGUGCCUUUUGGCAAACUUCAAGUGGGCUGUCAUGUGCCUUUUACUAAUGAGUGGCUUCCGUCUGGCCUCUCUACCAAAAAGGUCUGAUUGGUGGAGUGCUGCAGAGAUGUUUGUGCUUCUGGAAAGUUCUCCCAUCUCCACAGAGGAACUCUGGAGCUCUGUCAGAGUGACCAUCAGGUUCUUGGUCACCUCCCUGACCAAGGCCUUUCUCCCACGAUUUCUCUGUAUGGCCGGGCGGCCAGCUCUUGGAAGAGUCUUGGUGGUUCCAAACUUCUUCCAUUUAAGAAUGAUGGAGGCCACUGUGUUCUUGGGGACCUUCAAUGCUGCAGAAAUGUUUUGGUACCCUUCCCCAGAUCUGUGCCUCGACACAAUCCUGUCUCAGAGCUCUACGGACAAUUCCUCUGACCUCAUGUCUUGGUUUUUGCUGUGAAAUGCACUGUCAACUGUGGGACCUUAUACAGACAGGUGUGUGCCUUUCCAAAUCAUGUCCAAUCAAUUGAAUUUACCACAGGUGGACUCCAAUGAAGUUGUGGAAACAUCUCAAGGAUGAUCAAUGGAAACAGGAUGCACCUGAGCUCAAUUUCGAGUCUCAUAGCAAAGGGUCUGAAUAUUAUAUCUGUUUGUUAUUUUAAUACCUUUCUAAAACUGGGUUCUGCUUUGUCAUUAAGCGAUAUUGUGUGUAGAUUGAUGAACAUUUUUUUAAAGUCAAUUUUAGAGUCUUUGACAUAACAACAUGUUGAACAAGUCAAGGGUUCGAAUACUUUUGGAAAGCACUGUGUGUAUGUAUGUAUGUGUGUAUAUAUAUAUAUAUCUAUAUUUAUUUAUAUAUAUAUAUAUAUAUAUAUAUAUAUAUAUAUAUAUAUAUAUAUAUAUAUAUAUAUAUCCUAGAUAUCAGACACUUCAAAAGCUUAUUCGUUAUUAUUUAUUUUUGGACUGUCUGGUUUGCCAUUAUUCAUGUGUUUGUCAAUGCGCUUCUAUUGGCGAUAGGAGUGAAGGCCAAAUUCAUUUUUUUGUUUGUUUGUUUGACCUACAGGGGUCCCAAAAUUAAAACUCCAAAAUGAUCCUUGGUAUGACUCUCUUAAAACAAUUCCCUAUGUCAGUUUAGUAACAUAUAUAUAUAUAUAUAUUUACACAGGGGUGUGAAUACUUACUUAUGUAAAGGAUAUAUUUCUGAAUUUCAUUUUGAGUAGAUGUACAAACAUUUUGAACAACACGUUUGUACUUUCUCAUUGUGCGUGUAGAUGGGUGAGAGAAAUAUUUAAUUCAUUUUGAAUUACACAAAAUGUGUAAGAAGUCAAGGGAAUACUCUCUGAAAGCUCUGCUCUAUUAUGGUCACCAAGCCUCAAAUGACUCUGUUCUUCAUCCUCUUUUGUUCUUUGUAAAACACCAUUGUAGAUACUUGAGGAAGUAGUUUGUUAAUAUGUAUAAUUUUUUUAGCAGCGAUGCUGUUUGUUUUGUAAAUAAUGAGAAAGUAUUGUGAAUGAUAUAUUUGUUGAAUGGUUUUAAAAGUCAUGUAAACUCCUGAGGCUUUUAAAAAAAGGGAUAUUUUCUAUGGAAGACAGCAGAUGAUAAGAGGAACAAAUAGAGAACUGCUGAAACUAUUAUGAAUCUGAGAAUGACUAGUUUACUGAUGGUCUGACAAUUAAAAUAAUGACAAACAUGUUGUCUAUGAUUAAAUGGUCAAAUUAA